AUGACGGAUGCCGAAACAGUGACUUGGAAGAGGAUUGAUGCCAUUGUCAUGAAAUGGAUUUAUAGCACAGUUUCUUUGGAUAUUCUCAACACUAUCAUUGCUCCGGAUGAUGAAGCAAAAGAUGCUUGGAACCGUGUAGCGGAUUUGUUCCAAGACAACAAGAAUACGAGGGUCGUUCACCUUGAAACCCAAUUCACCAACACUCACCUUCGAGACUUCCCCAAUGUUGCUGCAUAUUGCCAGCGACUUAAAGUGUUGGCUAAUCAAUUGGCAAACGUGGGAGCCAAAGUCUCCGACGAUCGCAUCACUACAACAAAAUAG